CAUUUUACCAUUAGAACCCCGAGGAUGUUGUGCACAUGCGCGUUGUGCAAUCUACCGGAGCGCGAGAGGUAGGGAAGGGAGUCCUAAUGGCGGAGAAUGUACGGUCGCCUUUUGACUACCGGGAGCCACCGACCCUCGACAGCGACGGGGAUGGGAGCAAACCUCCGCCGCCACGGGGGCGAGUCUGUGGGAGAAAAAGGAAGGGCACACCUGUCAAGGUGUGUGACCGAGCAUAUGUAACGGAAGAUGAGGAGGAGGAGAGUAUGUCAGAGCACAGCUACAGCCCUGGUGAUGGCCAGUACCCAGAGGGUGGAGAAGACCGCCUCCCCCCACCCGGCAGUCCCUACUACCUGCCUGAUCCCACCCAGCUGUGUGUGCCAGAGUUGGGGGAGGAGGGUGCGAGUGGUGUUCGGGGACCUGUCCUCUUCCAUCCGCCGCCCAACUGCCGGAUUCGAGAAGUCCACUGUGGGACACAGGUGCGGUUGGUUGUCAUAGCAAUCCGAGACAUCGCCAAAGGGGAGGAGAUCACGGUGGACUACAGCCUGACGGACUGGGGCGAGAAUGCAAUGGAGGAAGAGGCCGGCCCCCAUCCGCUGUCCCUCUCCGUCUCCGACUACCUCACCCCCUCCUGGUCCCUGUCCCCCUCCUCCUCCCCACUCACCCACUCUGAGCCCAGCGACUCAGACCGCGAGGAGGACGAGGAGGAGGAAGACGACGACGAUGACGACGACGACGACGAAGAAGAGGAAAUCGAGGAGAUAAGGGGCCGGAUGCUUCGCCGACGCAAGAAGCGCAAGCUGCCCGCGGCGACCAACUCAAAGAAGAAGAGCGAGCCCACCACCUCCAGCGGGCGCCCCUGCUGUUCCUUCUCCACCCGGCGCCUGUCCCCCCCACGGCCAGAUCCCAGUCCCAGCCCCCCGGCAGCGGCCUGGCCCCCCCCACCACCAACAUUAACAACAACAUCAACAUAAACAUUGGCAGCUCCAGCGGGGCCACGGUGAGCCG